AUGUCGUUUGAACAGAGAUUCUCAUCCCAAUCCGAUCAGAAUCAUCAAAUAGCUACCUCCAGUCAAGAUACAUCACCAGCCUCUCGUCCUAUGACAGCGUCAGGCGGCUCCACCACAAACGGCUAUCAUUAUAAUGUUCCGAGUAGACGCUCAUCUCUCUCUACUGCACCUUACACUAUACCAGUAAAGAGUUCGACCAAUAUGCCACCAGGAUCACAAAGGUUGUCAUCAUCGUUUAGUGGCACCACUGGUCCGUACUCUAUAAGCCCAGGAAACUUGGGGUCAUCACCACACACAGGUGGCCCAAUUCAUAGUCAUCUUCAUCAGCAACAACCCCAGCAAUCCCAUUUAGGCACUUCCGUUCCUAUGCUAAGUAGAGAAUUUGUCGUGCGUCGUAUAUCAGAGGGUGAAACUGGACGUUUGAAAGAAGAAUUAAAAUGUGAGGCUUGUGGUAAGGGAUACAAACACAUCUCGUCACUAGCAAAACAUCUUUGGGAACAUACACCGGAGUGGAAUAUGACCAAGAAACUACUUAUUAGUAAGCACCAACAAGUUCAAUUGCUAGAAGCCGCCAGUAUUCUUUGCAGCAUGACCGAAAACGGUUCGGAAAUUGGGGGUUUUAGAUCUCGUUCGCAAUCUUUGAGCACUCCUUCUCCUGUCUACGCUCAAGCUACCUCCUAUUCUCAAUCUAAUCAACGACCCCAACAAUCUCAUUACGCGCCACACACAAAGUUACCUGCUAAUUCGCCUCCCCUGCAAUCUCUAUCAUCUAUGAAUAAUAUUAGCAAUUUCCGUGAGCACCCCACAGAAGAGAUCAAUGGUCCUCGCCAAAUAGAAAAAGAGCCACCAAUAUCUCCAUCGCCAGAUGUUCAGAUUGAGAAUAAUACUUCAAAUUCUCCCUUGUCAAUAGAGGAGCACGGGGAGGGAACUCCUACCAAUUUGACUCUAACCGCACAAAAUUCAAAUUCAUACUUGCACUCUAACUUGAGUCACUCUCUUAGUGGGAUAACAGCAAAAACUCCAGGAUACACCACGACAUUACGUAAAAACUCCCUGUCACAAUAUCCUCCUUCAUCGUUGUCAACCUCUGUAUCAAGCACCCCACGGAAGAAUAUGCUAUGUCAAAAACCUACGAGGUCAGAUGAAGUGGACGGCCAUUAUGGAAAGGAUGGUUUGAUGGCACCAAAGACGGAAGAAUCCACAUCCUUCAGUGGCGAAAGCGAAAAUGAAGACGAAGAUAAUCAUUAUGGCAAGGAAUUUGUGCCAAGAGAAAACCGAGAAGAGGACGAAAAGAUUUUCGGAGAUUUAGAGGAUUAA